AUGAACCAGUUCACAGAUCCGAUUAACACAAUUGUCCUCGUCGGCGGCCUCUCGGGCUACGUCAGUGAGGACGAGCUCCGCUCCUUCUUCCAGGGACCAAAUAUCGCGGGUACGUCCGGCUUCGCUGGCUUCGGCAGGAUUACUUAUGCUAAAAUCCCUCCCGGAAAGGGUUGCGGAUUUGUGCAGUUUGUGCAUCGUCAUGCUGCAGAAAUGGCGAUCAAUCAGACGCCCACACGACGUUUUGCGCGGUGGCCGUCAACUCCGGGUCGAGGCAUCCCCAACCAGAACGCGCGUACCCGGUUGGGUACACGUGGGACAGGGACCCGGCACCCAUUCCCGCCGCCGCGGAACGCGUCAUCAUCUUGGAUUUCCUUGGCUGUGACUGUCCGUCCCGGGAUGCAAGGUUACUCCUGA